UGGAUGGAUGGAUGGAGUGCCUGGUGGACAAGGACGAGAUCGUGUCCAUGGCGGACUCCACCACCACCAUGGAUGACAUCGAGGGGGAGCUCUUCAGGAUCGAGCGGAUCCGGGAGAUCCUGGUGCGCCGGGAGUCGGAGCUGCGCUACAUGAUGGACGACAUCCAGCUCUGCCAGGAGAUCAGCCGGCUGAAAACAGAGCUCCAGAAACUGCUGGACCUGCCAGAGAACCAGAAAUCCAACGAGGAGAAGCAGAGGGAAGAACAGCUGGUGCAGCAGAUCCACAAGCUGGUGGAGACGCGGGAUUUCCUGGUGGAUGACGUGGAGUUUGAGAGGCUCAGGGAAAGGGAAGAGGACAAGGAAAUGGCCGAGUUCCUGCAGAGCAAGCUCUCCAAAAGCUGCCUCCAGAGAACGACUCCUGUCCCAGAGAAGAAGAUGACAUCGAGGGGACAGCAAACCUCGGCUCCCUAUGUGACCAAGACGGGGCUGGCCCUGCUCAGGGGGUGCUGUGGCUUCACCUGCUCCAUCAUGUAGGGCACUGCCAGCGCCUGGCACAGGACACGGCCGUGGUAGGGGCACGUCCUGGGGACACGGGACAGGCAGGAGGGGCUUCCUUGCAGCUGAUCCUGUCCUGGAGCUGAUCCUGUCUUGGAGCUGAUCCCAGCCUGGGGCUGAUCCUGCCCUGGAGCUGAUCCUGUCCUGGAGCUGAUCCUGUCCUGGGGCUGAUCCUGUCCUGGGGCUGAUCCUGUCCUGGGGCUGAUCCUGUCCUGGGACUGAUCCCAUCCUGGGGCUGAUCCCGUCCUGGGGCUGAUCCCGUCCUGGAGCUGAUCCUGUCCUGGGGCUGACCCUGCCCUGGAGCUGAUCCUGCCCUGGAGCUGAUCCUGCCCUGGAGCUGAUUCUCUCCUGGAGCUGAUCCCAGCCUGGAGCCGAUCCCAUCCUGGGGCUGAUCCUGUCCUGGAGCUGAUCCCAUCCUGGGGCUGAUCCUGCCCUGGGGCUGAUCCUGCCCUGGGGCUGAUCCCAGCCUUGAGCCUAUUCCAUCCUGCGCUGCUCCAGAGACUCUCCAGGGCUGCUGUGCUUGGCCCACAGGGAUUUGCUUUGUCCCACACAUACCACAGGCUCCAGUCUGUCCUGCCCUCCCAGGCCUCACUGGGACAGUGAGUGACCCAGACAGAGAGUUUGGUUGGGCUGAGGGCAGCCAGAGGCCAGGAGAGCCCUGGGUUCCAAACCUGACCCUCUGGAGGCAGCCUGGGCUGGAGGCAGUGCUGGAGGAUGGGCAGGUCUGUCUGUGUGUCCCCUGAGGAUGGGCAGGUCUGUCUGUAUGUCCCCUGAGGAUGGGCAGGCUAUGUCUGUGUGUCCCUCCGUGGCCCUGAGGCUGCUCCCCAGGCACACAGAAGUGCUGGGAGGGCUGGGAGAGGAGCUCAGCCCAUGGAGGGACACAGCUUCACGUUCAUCCACCUCAACCCCAACCAAUAAAUGUCUGCUGGAAGCUC